AUAUGGUUUCAUAAUAAGCGCGAUACCGGUGUGCGUUAUUCCGAAUGCUUCAAACGCGGUAUCCCUCUCGUGACGAUCGCACUCGUCCUCACAGCGGUGCAAGCUGUUCUCGAGGAAUGGACGACUGGCCUACGAGUUCAAUCCGAGUUCAGCGAGCGCGCCUAUAAGGAAGCCUUCGAGAAGCAUUGGCGUCGCUUGGAGAAGUUUCGCAAGGAUACACGCCAGUUGCGCGUCCUGAAGCAUAUUCGUAUGCAACUACUCAUGAAUGCC